AUGUCUGAACCAUCUAAAUCACCUGAGGUUACAGAACCACCUGUUAAGAAACCAAGAAUUACCAAUGAUGACUUGUACAGAAACUCAACACAAUUUGAACUAUGGUCAUUCACUCCAGAUAAUCUUAAAGACACUAAACGACAUGCAAAUGAAAAGGGAGCUAAAGUCUCUAAAGAAAAAUUUGAUAUUGCUUAUAAUAAAGCAAAACAGGAAAACCCAGAUGUAUUUGCAAAAUACCCUGAAGAAUUGAAUGAAUCGAUGAUUAGUAUUUUAACUCCUGAAGAAGAAUCUACAUAUCUUGAUUUUUAUAUCCAGAAUAUAACUACAACAUGUAAUUUUUUCAAAAUGCCUACACAAGUACGAUUGACAGCUGCAUCAUUUUUUAAAAAGUUUUAUCUAGUGAAUUCAGUAAUGGAAUUUCAUCCUAAGAAUGUAUUGUAUACAUGUAUAUUUUUGGCAGCAAAAUCAGAAAAUUAUUUCAUAUCAAUUGAAUCUUAUGUUAAAGCAUUGAAAGGAACAGAUGCAUCUCAUAUUUUAGAUUUGGAAUUUAUUGUAUUACAAAGCUUGAAAUUUACAUUACUAGUGCAUCAUCCAAUUCGUCCAUUAUAUGGGUUUUUCCUUGAUUUCCAAGCAGUAUUAUUACAUCCAGAACAAGUGAUUUAUGAUGUUUCCGUUGAUACUUUGGGUAAUCUAUAUAAUCAAGCUAAAGAAUGGCUUAAUAAAUAUUUCAUGGUUAGUGAUGUGGCGUUUUUAUUUACACCUCCACAAAUUGCCCUUGCUGCUAUGUAUGACACAGAUAAAAGAAUAACGGAGAGAUACUUGAAAAGAAAGUUUUUAAAAGAUGAACCUAAAUUGGACGCUAUUAAAGAGGAACAAGAACAACCAAAGCUAAACGAGGAACCAAAACAAGAAGGUGAAUCAAAAGAUAAGUCUAAUGCACAAUCAAAUGAAAAACCUGAUGGCGAAGCACAAGUACAACCAAAAAUAAAAUCAUCAAACAGAGAACAAUAUGAAACGUUAGUGAAAUCGAUAAGAAGAUGUAUUAGAAUUGCAAAGCAAUCACAAAUUGCUGAUCGUGAAGCAAGUAAAGAAAUUGACAAAAAAUGUUUCUUUGCAUUAAAUCCUAAAAAAUUGAUUGAUAAAAGGAUAAAGAGACUAACGACUGCUGCUACAGAUGGUGCUAAAGAAACAACAGCUGAACCUAAAUAG